UCGCUCCCCGUCACCGCUGCUGCUGCUGAUCAAAGGCGUUUGCAGCAGACCGCCCAGUCACAGAGCUCUGUUUCGCUUUCAGUCUGCGGAUCACAACGGUUUCACAGCAAGGCGUUUAAAGCACGAGACUAUCCUGCAGCGAUUUAUUUUCUUCCGUCCUUCUCUGUUGAUAAAACCAGGCGAGCGCGAGAGAGAACGCGCCGUAAUGGGAAGACGCGGCGUGUUUUCAUUAGGUUACAUUUCCGAGGAAUGAUCCAUCCAUCUGUCGAACACAUUUUACGAGCACAGACAUCCUUCUUCACGCAUUGGACGUAGACUUUCGCAGCACAUGAGAGUUUUGAGCAUGCACGGCGCUUAAACAGAGCAAACCCAACAGUUUUUACAAACACUUGGACCGAAUUACGGCGUCUCGUCGCUUCGCUGGCACUCUCGAUUUGAUCUCUGGAUGUAUUUUUGCUGCUCUUGUGUCCUGCGGUGAUGUGCACCGUGCCAAACGCGCGUAGAUGUUGUGAAAUAACACAAUAUGUUGCAGUUUUGGGGGGUUUCAGCUGAGAUUUGUCUUAUUUCAUGCGCUAAACUUCAGUGUUGCCCUGUUUGGUCAUGAGUCUAAAGCAGCAGCAUUAGAAAGCAGCUGUGUGCGAGCACGUUGAUGCUUGGUGUUUUAAUAUGCAUGAAUGUGAUGCUUUCUCUUUUUAAAGUGCUUUCACGUUCAUAACGCUUCAGUUUAGUCUUCUAGUUGAGCACAUUUUUAGACAUCUGUAUGUUGGUAGGGACGUAGCUUGAAUUGUGGUUGAUGUGCCACUUUAAUACUGCUUUAACUUUUUAAGUUCAUAAAGCAUCAUCAUCUUCAGUGCAGGCAUUUGCUUGCCUAAUAAGGUGUUUAAUUAUGCAUAAAUGACUUAAGUUGGCUGUGCAUAUUUUAGAUUACGCAAAUGCUGCUUUAACUUUUCAGAGUGCAUUUACGUGCAUAAACGCAUAAUUUCGCUUUCCAGUUGAGCAUCGUCAUUUUCUGAAAGCAGUGUGUUUACUGGCACUUUGCUUGCUUUUAAAGCGUUUCGAUUUGCUUUGAUGUGAUGACUUUUUGCUGUGCAUAUUAUUAUAUGCUACUUAAAUGCUGCUUUAACUUAGAGUACUUUUAGUUUAAGUUUUGGCUGUGCAUAACAUUUUGUGGCUUUAUUGGCAUUUAAGAAUUUAAUGUCUCAUUUCGGUCUCCCAGAUGAGAUGUUGCAUGAAUGCUCUGAAACUAAAGGAAGCUGGUUUUGAAGCAGUGAGCGCGCACUGAUGCGCAAUGACGCUGUUGUUGUGCGCAGAUGUGUUGACGCCACCUGUGGUCUCUUAAAUAGAUUGUUUCGGGAAGAUUUAGGCAAUUUGACCAGGAGAGAGUUCAGUUUGCACAGGAGACGUGUUGCUUGUGCUUUCUAACCAAGGUGUGUAUCCUCGUGCUUAAGUGGAGAGUUUAAAUGGUGCUCCGUAAGUUACCCGGUGUCUCAGCAUCGGGCAUGGGGCUUCGUCUGUCUCAGAAAUUCGUGUUUCUGCUGUUCCUGUCGGGGUUGGUUACCCUGUGCUUCGGGGCACUUUUCUUUCUACCCGACACCGUGCGCCUGAAGCGCAUCUUCCUCUCCAAGAACGAGAAUCCCGCGGUGACCGUGGGCUCCGACAGUGUGCUUUCCAAAAAGGUGCCCGGGGAUCCAGAGCAUCAGCGGGCGGGUUUAAAAGGGGGCGAGGGGGCGAAUGUCAAACUGAAAGUGAGUCGCAAGCCCUCGGUCACCCAUGGAGCGAGAACCGUGGUGAGAUCUGUUGGGACUAGAGCGCAGGACGAGUGGAGUCCGGCGAAGGCGCACGAACCGGCGGCCAGGGACGAGCGGGUCACCUCGCCCGCGCAUGACGGGCAACACGGGAGCGCUUACAGCUAUGAGGCGUUUAAAAAGUGUCUGCACAAACCAGCUUUGGGGAAGAACAAGGGAACUCCAUCGGAUUCCGAGACGCUUCAGCGGAGGGAGAAAGUCAAAGAGAUGAUGAAGUUUGCCUGGGACAACUAUAAACGUUACGCUUGGGGAAAGAAUGAACUACGACCUCUGACCAGGAAUGGACACAUUGGGAAUAUGUUUGGCGGUCUCAGAGGCGCUUCAAUCGUGGAUUCUCUGGACACGCUGUACAUCAUGGGUCUGAUGGAGGAGUAUGAAGAAGCGAAGGAAUGGAUCCAAAACGACCUGGACCUGAACUCGAAUGGAGAGGCAUCGCUGUUUGAGGUGAACAUCCGUUACGUUGGCGGUCUUCUCUCUGCGUACUACCUGACGGGAGCUGAGAUAUUUAAGCAGAAAGUGGUUGAACUUGGCGAGAAGUUGUUACCCGCCUUCAACACGCCCACCGGUAUUCCCAGAGGAGUCAUUAACCUGGGCAGCAGUGGCACCAGCUGGAGUUGGGGCUGGGCAUCGGCUGGCAGCAGCAUCCUGGCCGAGUUCGGCACGCUGCACCUGGAGUUCGUCCACCUGUCCGAACUGUCCAGAAACCCCCUGUUCACUGAGAAGGUGAUGAACAUCCGAAAGCUACUGAAUAAAAUCGAGAAGCCUCACGGUCUGUAUCCCAACUUCCUGAGUCCCGUCAGCGGCAACUGGGUACAGCAUCACGUGUCUAUCGGAGGUCUUGGGGACAGUUUCUACGAGUACCUGAUCAAAUCCUAUCUGAUGUCAGACAAGACGGAUCAGGAGGCGCAGAAGAUGUACUACAGCGCCAUGGAGGCCAUAGAGACGAACCUGGUGCAGAAGUCUCCGGCCGGAUUGACGUAUGUAGCCGAGUGGCGGGGGGGCAUCCUGGACCAUAAGAUGGGACAUCUGGCCUGUUUCUCCGGCGGGAUGAUCGGCAUCGGAGCAGACGACGGUCCGUCGGGACAGAAGCAACACUACCUGGAUCUGGCGGCUGAAAUCACUCACACCUGUCACGAGUCCUACAGCCGCUCAGCCACCAAACUUGGUCCAGAGGCGUUCCGCUUUGAUGCCGGAGCCGAAGCCACAGCCACCCGACUGAGUGACCGCUACUACAUCCUCAGGCCAGAGGUCAUCGAGAGCUACAUGUACAUGUGGCGUUUGACCCACGACCCCAAGUACAGAGAGUGGGGCUGGGAGGCCGUGGAGGCAUUAGAGAAGCAUUGUCGUGUAGACACAGGUUUCUCAGGAAUCAGAGACGUGUACGCCUCCACAGUCAGUCACGACAACAUGCAGCAGAGCUUCUUCCUGUCCGAGACUCUCAAAUAUCUGUACCUGCUGUUCUCGGACGAUGAUCUCCUGCCGCUGGACGACUGGGUGUUUAACACAGAGGCUCAUCCGCUGCCCGUCAUACGCAAGAGAUGCCUUCAGGAGCACAGCAACACACAAGAUGAUGAACAGACCAACCUGGAGUAGUAUUUACCAUCACACACACACACACACACACACGGAUUCAACAUCACGGGUCCUGACAUGGAUUCCCAGCUCCUUUCCUGUAAAGGAUCUCUUCAUAUAUAUAUGCUGUGAUUGUAUAUCUCUGAGCCGAGACUUCCCGCUCUCCUCGACGGGUGGAAGCAGGCACAAUUUUCUGUGGACAAUCAGUGAAACGUGACUUUCAUGAGAAGAGCACCUUUUUCUUUGCUUCUUUCCUCUGUGAGGAAAACCCGAAUAACUUGCAGCCCCGAAUCUGUGGGAGGAGUGUCGUACGAUGGCGGGCCAUGCUGAGCGAAAGAGAAAACCACUUUUCUUCACGUCUCACCUGUAAUUUAUCUUUUCUUUCAUCCUUUCAUUGUGUAUUCCUUUCCCCGUCACUUCUGCCAAAGCAUUUGCGGUCUUCCUUUCGUUUUCUUUCCCCGCCCGUGAUAUUUUUGUCCAUCUCCUUUGGAGUCCAAUUUUGUGCUAUGAUUUUGUUCUUUAUUAUUUCAAAGCAGAGCAAGGACUGAUGUUUUUACAAACCUGACAGAAGGAUCCGUCGUGAAAUGUGUUGUAUAGAAUCCUCUCGUUUGAACAGGAAGUGGAAUGAUGUAAUCGGCAGGCCAGGAUUGUUUUACGUGAUUUUAAACUUAAAGUCGUGUAUUUUUUUUAUGCUUCAACUGCAUUGUGUUGUGCACGAUAUGCCAUGUUUCAAAGACCAGUAUCACGAGAGUGGAAAAACACACACUUGCACUGGCACUGGAUGGCCACUAGGGCUGGGCGAUUAUAUAUUGAAUAUUUAUUCGUUUUUUGCAUUGAUUUUGUUGGAGAUUGUGAAUCACAAAAUUAUAUAAAUGCAU